AUGUCUCACUACUUUAAAUACAUCUCGGAAAAGGGUAUUGCCAACUUGGCUCAUUACCAUUACUCGGGUGUCGAUAAUUCAUGGUGUGGAACUCAUUUCUUAAAAUAUUGGUGGACUUAUGCUGUUGAACAUUUAACUCCUUUAUGGUUAGCUAAAGUAAACUUGAUCAAUUUAUUAAUUCUCUUCUCAUUCUUUACUUUAUAUAGUCCAAAUUUAAUUACAUUGGUAGGAUUAUUAUGUAAUAUUGGAAUGUAUCUUAUAAUUUAUUUCCAUUGUCCAACAUUGACAGAGGAAGCUCCACGAUGGUGUUAUUUAGCCGUUGCAUUCUUAAUCUUUGCCUAUCAAACACUCGACAAUGUCGAUGGUAAACAAGCUAGAAGAACUAAAUCAUCUUCACCAUUGGGUGAAUUAUUUGAUCAUGUUUGUGAUGCUAUUAGUGUUGCUAUGUUUGCAGUAGUAAUGUCAGCAACAUUAAGAGUAGGACCAAAAUGGGCAUUUAUAAGUUUAUUUGUUGGUAUUUGGCCAUUUUAUCUUGCACAUUGGGAAGAGUAUCAUGCCGGUAUUUUGGUGAUGGGUGAAUUUAAUGGCCCUACCGAAGCACAGGUAUUGUUUAUGAUUAUCGAAAUCAUAACUUGUAUCUUUUCAUCUGACAUUUGGAUCAUUGGUCCAAAAGAUUUCACCAUUGGUAUGAUGGCAACUGUUGCCGUCUCUUUUGGUGCUAUUUUUACAAUUUAUCAAAAUUUCAAAAAUACAUUUGCACUUCAAAAUAGAAUACCAUUUAUGAAAUGUUUAAUUCAAUUAACUCCAUUUGUAAUCUUUAAUAUCUUAAUUAUUAUUUGGGUGUCAGUGUCGGACCUUUUGACUACACAACCACACCUUUUCAUCAUGACCAUUGGAAUGGUAUUUGCCUACCUUCAGUCUCGAUACAUUACUCAACGUGUUUGUCACGACGAUUGUUUAUUAUUCUAUCCUAUCCUCGUUCCAUUUGCUAUAGUUGUUUUUAAUUCAAUUUUGGCUUCUUUCCAAUCAAAUCUAAUAAGUGAAUAUGCUAUGUUGUGGGUAAUGUUUGUAUUGGCGUGUAUCCAAUUCUUAAUAUUUGCCGUAUUCACAACCAGACAAUUAUGUGAUCAUCUUCGAAUUAAGGUGUUUACCAUUACUAGCGGUGGUGGUGGCGGCGGCGGCAGUGCCGGUCAACCAUCAGAGUCACAACAAUCAUCUUUAUUAUCUGCAGUCGAAGAGGGCGCUAUUGAACAUGAAGAUGAUGAUAAUAAUAAUAAUAAAUAA